GUUAGGCAAUCACCAAUCUAGCUAUCUUCAUUCUUCUACAUAAAGAAUCCAAAAUAGCCAAUCAUAGAAAGGAAGGAGACACAAUUAUGGCCAUGAACAUCAAUAUUCCGUCUUUAAUACUCAUAAUCUUCUUCGCAACAUUCUUCACAGGCGCCCUUUCGAGAAAUUCCUCCAGUGACAAUAUAGCUUGGUGGUGUAAGAGAACCCCACAUCCAGAGCCAUGCCAGUACUUCAUGGGACACAGCCGUCACCAUUUUGCACCAAAACACAGAUCUGAUUUCCGAAAAAUGGUGGUGCAAGUGGCCAUGGAUCGCGUCAUAACUGCACGAAGAUAUGCCAAGCGGUUGGGGCAGAAUCUUGAGAACGAGCACCAGAAAGCCGCAUGGUCAGAUUGUUUGAAACUCUACGGCAACGCGAUUUCCCAAAUGAACCGUACCCUUCAAGGCCUAGACAAUUACAAAAACGAGAGCUGUUCCGACUUCGAUGUGCAAACUUGGCUCAGCACUGCCCUCACAAAUAUUGAAACAUGCCGUGUUGGGUCCUUAGAAUUGAAUGUUUCCGACUCUGUAAUGCCUUCCAUCUUGUCCAAUAAUGUAUCUGAGCUAAUUAGCAAUAGUUUAGCCAUUAAUGGUGUGAUUCUGCACGAAGAAAGUAAUAAUACAGAUGAAUUCCCGAACUGGGUUUCGAAGCAAGAAAGAAAACUGUUGCAGGUUUCUUCGAUAAAGGCAAACGCAAAUCUCGUGGUGGCAAAAGAUGGUUCGGGGCAUUAUCGGACGGUUCAAUCAGCCAUUAAUGUGGCAGCAAGGAGAAGGAGCACUACUGGGAGGUUUAUAAUAUAUGUGAAGAGAGGGGUUUAUAGGGAGAAUAUUGAGGUUGUCAUAAACAACAAUAAUGUUAUGCUAGUUGGUGACGGCAUGAAGUAUACGAUUAUCACGGGCAGCCGUAGUGUUGGAGGAGGGUCCACCACCUACAAUUCAGCCACUGCCGGAAUUGACGGUCUUCGCUUCAUCGCCCGAGACAUUACAUUCAGCAACACUGCCGGUCCCCAAAAAGGCCAAGCAGUCGCCCUCCGGUCAGCCUCCGAUCUCUCUGUUUUCUACCGCUGUGCCUUCCAAGGUUACCAAGACACCCUCAUGGUCCACUCCCAGCGACAAUUCUACCGACAAUGCUACAUCUACGGCACAAUAGACUUCAUCUUUGGUAAUGCCGCAGUAGUCUUCCAAAACUGCAUGAUCUACGUAAGGAGGCCACUGAAGGGCCAAGCCAAUGUGAUCACAGCCCAAGGCAGAAACGACCCAUACCAAAACACUGGGAUUUCUAUCCACAAAUGUCAAGUGCGGGCAGCACAGGACCUCAAGCCCGUGGUUCGAUCAUUUAAAACCUACUUGGGCAGGCCCUGGAUGCAAUAUUCUCGAACAGUUUAUCUGGAAACUUACAUCGACAGCUUGGUGAGUCCAGUGGGAUGGUUGGCAUGGCAGAAAUCUAAAUUUGCACUUAAUACUUUGUAUUAUGGGGAAUACAAGAAUUUUGGUCCAGCGUCUUCUACAAGAUACAGAGUCAGAUGGCCUGGAUUUCAUGUCAUUACUAGCCAAAAAGAGGCAUCCCGCUUCACCGUCGGCAACCUUCUUGCCGGGACGUCGUGGUUGCCGGCCACAGGUGUGCCAUUCAAAUCCGGCCUGUGACCAUAUUGUAUGAGGAUUAAUUGAAUUGCUAAUUUAUUCAUUAUGAUUUAUUUAUUUGUA